CUCACCUCAUCUCAUCUCGUCGCCAUUGACAGACUAGCGCCGGCCUGUCCAGUGCCGAUGCCGAGUGACACACCUGCCUGACAACACGUACGUACGUGGAAAUCAUAAACCUUUUUUUUUAUUUUAUUUAGUUUCUUCUCGCCACCGCUCGCCUUCGCCGAGCUCCCUAUAUAUCGCCGUCGUCUCGCACUGCCUCCAUCGGAUAUCCAGCUCCUGCAGCCAAGAAACACUCACACGCACGCACAAAGCGAUCAGGCACCUUUUGUUUUGUUGCUUUAGAGGUUAAUUACAAACAGGAGGAGAAGAUCCUAGUUGUCUAGUUGAAAGUGAGGUGGUAGAGAAAGAGAGAGAUCCGGGCUGCAAGCAAAUGGGCGUCCUCUUCUCGUGCCCCGUCGAUGACUACGACGCAUUGGAGGAGAGCGCCGCGGCGGCGGCGGCGGCGUCGUCGGAGUCGAACUCCGGCGGCGGCAAGCCGGCGGCGAUCCUGAAGGCGUUGGGAUCCGGGAAGCUGCUCAUCGAAGGGUCGCUCAGCUUCAAGCGUGACCAGCAGAUGAGCCCCACCUCCCUCCUCCAGGUGGAGACCGAGAUCUCCAUCAAGCCUGCCGCCGCCGACAUUGCCGCCGCGCCAAGGGCGAGGUUCGCCGCCGACGGCGGCGCGGCGGCGGCGGAGAGCCCGAAGCACGAGGCGGCGGCGGUGAAGCUGCAGAAGGUGUACAAGAGCUUCCGGACGCGGCGGCAGCUCGCGGACUGCGCCGUGCUGGUGGAGCAGAGCUGGUGGAAGCUCCUCGACUUCGCCCUCCUCAAGCGGAGCUCCGUCUCCUUCUUCGACAUCGAGAAGCAGGAGACGGCCGUCUCCAGAUGGUCCAGAGCAAGAACCCGAGCUGCCAAGGUCGGGAAGGGAUUGUCCAAGGAUGAAAAGGCACAGAAACUCGCAUUACAGCACUGGCUCGAAGCGAUUGACCCGCGCCACCGGUAUGGUCACAACCUUCACUACUACUAUGAUACCUGGCUCCACUGCGAGAGCAAGCAGCCUUUCUUCUACUGGCUUGAUGUGGGAGAAGGGAAAGAGAUCAAUCUUGAGGGCAAGUGCUCCAGGUCGAAGCUUUUGAGCCAAUGCAUCAAGUACCUUGGUCCUAAAGAAAGAGAGGACUAUGAAGUUAUACUUGAGGAUGGCAAGUUCUUGUACAAGAAAAGCCGGCAAAUCCUCGAUACCUCUUGUGGGCCAAGAGAUGCAAAGUGGAUCUUUGUUCUUAGCACAUCAAAGAGCUUGUAUGUUGGCCAGAAGAAGAAAGGCAAAUUUCAACAUUCAAGCUUCCUUGCUGGAGGGGCGACUUCUGCUGCCGGGCGAUUGGUGGUUGAAAAUGGAACCUUAAAGGCUAUUUGGCCACAUAGUGGACACUACCGCCCAACUGAGGAGAACUUCGAGGAGUUCAAGAGCUUCCUGAACGACAACUCUGUCGAUCUCACCGAUGUUAAGAUGAGCCCAGCAGAGGAGGACGAGGAAUUCUGGGGUAGCCUGAAAAGGAUCAGUUCAGAGAGCUACCCCAAGAACACUGCCACUGACAACUCUGAAGACCAAGCCGCUGAAGCUGAAGAAACCGGCAAUUCCCAGAUGCCUCGAGUCUCUGACGAACCAACCUGUGCAGAGAUCGACGGCUGCGACGAACCGGCGGCGACGAGGAGGGUAGAUUCGUCGUCAGCUGUUGCUGCUGCUGCUGAGAACACUGAAGCCGAGGAGGAGGAUCAAGAAGGCGGCGGCGAGCAGGCGCCGGUGCCGAGGGAGAAGAUCCUGGAGAGGAUCAACUCCAAGAAGGGGAUGAGGUCGUAUCAGCUCGGGAAGCAGCUCUCCUUCCGGUGGACGACCGGCGCCGGGCCGCGGAUCGGGUGCGUGCGCGACUACCCGUCGGAGCUGCAGCUGCGGGCGCUGGAGCAGGUCAACCUGUCGCCGAGGAGCGCCGCCGCCGCGUCCGCGUCCUCCCGGUUCUCGUCGCCGCAGCGCCGGAGCUUCAACGGCGCGGCGGCGCCCGCCACGCCGAGGGAGGCGCUCCGGCCGUCGCCCCUGCAGCAUGGGCUGGUAGCCACCGUCGCUGCGGCUGACUGAUCAUGGACGGCCUUCGCCGUGGAAGAAGAAAAAAAAGAUGAAACUUUUGCCGAGUAAUUUGUAUAAUUGCAUACUAAUUUAAAUUUUAGUGUAGAUCUUGUAGAACAGGUAAUAUACAUUAAUUACAUAUACAUUGAUAUAGUACUAGCAAAGUUGUUUGACAUAGUGUAUAUAUACAAGUUUUUUUCAUUCUUGGAAGAAGUUGACCACAAGUGCACGAA